CAUGGCGAUUAUUGGCCUCGGUCAUUUAAUAUAAAUGGAUUUGCAUAUGCGCUGCGAUUUCUUAUCUAACGCCCAAACGGAAUCGACGAACGAAGCUCAUAACGGAAUUGUGCAGUCGCAAUGAAAUGGAAAACAAAACGAAAGCAAAAAAACCAACUUGUAAAAAAACGAAUUGCAAGUCCGAAUAAAGCGUAGAACAGAACGUUUUAGAAAUAGAAGUCUAGAACAGAAUAGAAGUUCGAACAAAGCCAGAGCGAAAUCGAAAUCAAAGCGACGUCAAUAUGCAAUUGUUCAAUUCGAUGUGCACAAUUGAAAUCGUGUAUCAUUAUCGCAUAAUGCGAAGUUCAGUGGCACAUCUUGGUCAAUGGAGAAAAAAAAAUCACUGUGUGAGCAUUAAGCACUGUGACACACACACACACACAUACAACCAACGAUUAUCAAUGCAUCCGAUGUUAGACUAAAAGUCGUGAUUCGAUGCUAAAUGUUUGAAUUUAAAUGAAGAGCCAAACGAUGCAGCGCGCAGCAAUAUCGAGAUCGAAAACCAGUCAACUAUCAAAAUAAAUGAAUAAUGAUGUGGCUUGGUGUUUUUGUCGAUUAAUCACCGUUUUAUUGCAAACAAAAUGCAUCAAUGCCGAUAUGAUAUGAAGUGCGAACGAAACGAACAGCGAAAAAAAAACCGUAUUCAAAUUUCAAUUUAAAACAGCUGUUGCGUCGUGUUUUGUAUGCCUGCAUUUCAUGCGAUGCAAAUGCGCUGAUUAUAGGUGAAGCCAAUAAUCGUGUUAGAGCAACAAAGACCGCGAAACAUAUUUGUUUCUAAUAUUGAGCUGCGGUUGUUAUUAGUUGAAGACAUUUUAUUUAUUUCCACGUUAUUUUUAGAUCAAGGCUAACGCGAUGAUAAUGGUGCAUACGUAUACACACGGUUAUAUCUUGCAUGCUCAAUGUGAAUCGCCACACAAAUCUGUUGCAACAAAACAGCAAAUGCAGUUGAUACAAGUGCAAUGGAUGUGCUAGUGAAAAAUAGUGAUGCACACAUCAAAAAUACGCAGUUACUUUUUGCAGCCGCUGAAAAAGGGGCUCCGAGUGCUGUGAAAGCCCUAAUUGAACAAGGCACUGAUGUUAACGCUAAAAAUAGUCUUGGAGGCACACCACUCCAUAUCGCUGUCCGACUUGGUCACAAGGAUGUUGUUAAAAUGCUUAUUGAACAUCACGCUGAGGUUAAUGCCAGGAACAACGAGGGAUACACACCUCUUCAUACAGCUGUGACGAAUGGUCGUGGUUAUAUCGCCAAAAUGCUUCUUGAAAAUGGAGCUAGAAUUAAUGCUGAGGACAUCUAUGGAUUAACUCCCCUGGAUCGGGGAAUAAUGUUUGGUGAUGCAAAUAUUGUGAGAAUUCUUAUUGAACGAGGCGCAUUGAUCAAUGUCAAAGACAAGAAUGAAUGGACACCGUUGCACCACGCAGUUGUUGGCGAUUCGGUAGACAUCGUCAGACUUCUGAUGGAAGCGGGUGCUAAUAUUUAUGCUAGAAACAAUGGUGGACAAAAACCACGCGAUAUUUGCAGAUCAAAAGAAAUCAAACGAAUGCUAGUACAGGCUGAAAUAGAGAUGUCAAAUUUAAUGGAAGUCGAAAUGAGCCGGGCAAAUGGACGAACUAUACUAACCAAAGAAGUGUUUGUUUGAAAGCAAUUUGAUGACACAGCACCACUGCCGAAGCAUUGAAAUGAACUAAGCAAAGAGGUGCAUUGCCAUGCAUUACAUCAUAAGAAUACUACCUUUAUUGUUUUUGAAAAAUGUUGCUAUUAUUGUAUGGCUGCAAAAUAAAGCGAUUCCAACAUUUUUAUUUCA